AUGCCGUUGGUGGUGUUUGUCACAGCAUGGGAUCGGAGGGGGAGUUCCUAUGUGAUAGGUGAUACUAUAUCGGAAAUAAUUAAAUCAGCUAAAGACACCUUGAAAUUGUACCUGGACUCUACUGGUUUCGAUGCAGGUGCAGAAAUGAGCAUUGAUGCCAUUUUCACGACAUUGAUCAGUGAUGCAAAGGCAGGCGGCCAGAAAAUUGCAUUUUUCAUUGCACCCGAAGGAGAGAAGAAUACAUAUCUGUCAGUGCAAACAACUCCUCGUACCCCACUGGCAGAGAACACCAUACGCAGUGAGAAUCAACCACCAGCAACUCCCACUUCAAGGCCAGCAGCUGAGAGGCACAUCACAAGGUACCCAGUGCUGCCUAUGGACAUAGUGAGGAAGACACUGAAGGGCCUGAAGCAGCAAAUUGAUGAGGCGUCAAGUUUCUCCUGCUUGAGCCUUGUCAAGGCCAGAGACAAAGCGGCUAAGACCAUCAGUGCCGAGGUUGUGAGGCACAUUCUUCACUGCUGCCCAAAUGACUUUAGCAGGAGCACAGUGAGAUUCUAUGGUGGAGUUGUCUUAAACUCAGACGAAGGAAUUUACAGGGAUGUAUUUGCCCAAUUUGUGGGGAACGAGAAGAUGAGUGAUGGAGAGGAAUGGUUUCUGUCGAAGAUUUACCAGGGUUUGCAGUACAAGAAGCCAGCAGAACAAAAGAAGAAGAAAAGGGCCCGUGAUGAUAGUACUGAAGAUGCUGCUCGUUCCCUCACAAGAUGCCUGGGUAAGAAUUAUGGAUGCACGAAUUACGCCCCCUCCCUUCCUUCUGGUGAGACAGUGGAGAGCCAGACUGCUAAGAGAGAGGCCCUGAAAGCUCUGCACGUGAACCAGGACUGGGGCCAGGCUGCAGAGAUAGCAUUCAGGGACACUUUCUCCACUCAAAGGCACGACAUACUUGGAACCAGGCCUUUCUCUGCAUUGGGUACAGAGUUUAUUAGCCAAUGGCCAAUCUUCACAAACGGGAAGUUCCUCUUAAUACAUUCAGAGUUACUGACAGGGGUCACAGUGACUCACUUCCACAACAGGCUGGGUGACCGAACACCUGAUAUUGUGAAGUAUAUGAAGCGCUUUUGGGCAGAUCAGGAGGCUGUCAUAAAGGGUGCCCGGAGCAAGCUCUCAGCUCAGGCAUCCUCUAUGCUGAAACUACUCAGAGAGAUGGAGGAGGCAUGCACUGCUGGGAGGCGCCGCUCCCAUCAGUGCGCUGCUGUGUUUCCUCUCAUUUGUGCCUACAUGACGGAGAAAUUCUCAGCAAUGGUAGUUACUGCACCUAUCCAGGCAUCUGAAGAGGAGUGCAAGUCAGCAGUGGAAGUCGGACAUGGCAAUCCGAUUAUUCUCUUGCAAGGUGAUGGCAUUUUUGACAGCAGUGCUGUGUGCAGUGUCUUCUUAUUUGAUACUGUUCAAAUAAAGGCGAACAACUUCAGUGAAGCUGUCCAGAUAUGGUUCAUGGCUUUCUAUGUCUUCAAUUUUUGUUACACCAAAGAGUUGCAACAUACUCUCGAGUUCAUACAAAGGUGAGGCAGCAUACUUCAUUUCAGUUUUCCAUGUUGGAUGUUUCCAUGUUGGGUCUAAAGCAUAAUUUAAUAUUUUCAGAUACUUCAUGGGCAUUAAUCCACCAACAGGUGACAGGCGCUUGAACAGUAAGCGCUAUGUUAGCACAGCGA